AUGGCCCGCCGCGCGACCAUUCAAAUGCCCGCUCACGCCUCUCAGCCCGCGAGCCUUCCGCCGCCUCCAGUCCCCGCCCGCAAACGCAGCCAGACAAGACCGCUCACUCACGAGGGCUUCAGGCGCCUUGCGUGCGGCAGGUCGACUUCGCCGCCGCGCACCAUGGCUCCUAUAGCUCCUCCUCCCUUCCUGACCGACGCCCAGUUUGCCGCUUUGCCUGCUUCCGUCCAACGUAAGUACUUCUCGCCGGCCGAACGACUGGAAAUCGUUGAGCGCUCGGCGGCUUCGCUGUCUGACGUCAAUCGGCGGCCUCGGACGGCCCAGUCGCCUGCAUCCAGCACAAGGGACCCCAGGUCAAGGGCAGGCAGCCGAGGCAGGCGACGACUGCGGAAGAAGGAUGCAGCGCAUCCAGACCUCGGCAUCUCGCGGGCGGAAGCCGAGUGGUUCUUAUCGUUGCCAGACAAAAUAAUAAAAACAUGCCUUAGCCGCGAGGAAGCUCACCUUCUUGCCCUGCGCUGCGAGGCCCUGCUCAUCGACUCCGACGGCGUGUCGUCCAGGUUCGACGACUCAAAUAACCUUGGGCCCAUCCGCACGCCGGCGGGCAAGAGAAGUACAUCCAUCCAGGGGGACUCUGUUAUAGACAGCCCUCAGCUUGCAGACGAGCAAACAGCAACAGAGGUGUCGGAGAGUGCACCUAAGAUUGAUCGUGAACAUGUCAAGCAGCCCUCCUCGCGCCGCACGUUAUCGCUUCCAGACAGUUUUUCGCGAGUGUCGACAUCAUCGGCUCCUCCUCUCCCGACCGCUAUCCCCCCGUCAUCGCAGGAGAGCAAACGACCCAGAGCGAACACGAACAUUGCAUUUCCACGCCAUGACAUCGAAGGAGCUGAAUCGGAGACCAAAUAUUACCAGGAUCCCGAAGCGCGGAUGAAGCUCCGGCUAUAUCUCGCUUCUCCGCAAAAGUUCGACGAGGUUGUUGAGUACGGCUUCCCGUCGACUUCGCAUGUUGAGAGGGCGCCAGAGCCCUCGCCAUCUGAAGUUUAUAUUAGGCAGGCUAGUCGGGACGUACAUACAUUCCUUCGGGGGGAUAACAUGUCUUUUCUCGACAAGAGCGAUAACGAGGAGCGUCCAGACGACGAGAGCAGCAUUGGCGACGCCGAUACGCCCAUCACGCCCAUGGACAGCGAGGAGAUGUUCCACGAUGCCACGGCACAAGCGCCGCUGCCGGAUUCCAACAGAAGGAUUCGCAACAUGUACGCACAGGCCCUCUCCGGGAGCCGGGAGAUGACGCUGCGCAUGACGCUCACUCGACCGGACCUGCGCGCCGACGAGGAUUGCCUAUACGGAUGGCAGGAGGGGGCGAAGGAUGAUCCGCUGGCGUUGGAGGAGCUUCCUCCCGAGUCGGACGAUACGACGGGCAUGCAGAGUCCCUUUGCUGUGCACGGCAACCGGGGAGGAGGGCUGGUGAGGAGGAUCAUGCACAAGGUCAAGGAGAAGAGCAAACAGUGA